GGUGUUUCCGCUGUUGGCACGCGCACCCGCCCCUUCAGCGCCUUUCCUCAUCCAUCUCACCGGCUAUUCUUCCCUUUUUUUUCGUCCUCUUUCCUUUUCUCUCUCUGUCUCUCACUUGGACCGAUUUGGCUCAACAAAGCGAACGGAAGCACGGUGUCUGCCUGAGCACAUUUGCUGUCCCGCAACCUCCAUGCUCUUCUUCUGGACGAAAAUCCGACCGUCAUCCCUAGAAAUAGAGGACUGUAAGAAUGUCAGAGAAGGGUUCCACUUCUGAUGUGAAGAACGCCAUGGAGGGAGACGGCAAAAGAACAAGAGAUCAGGAUCAUGACUCAAAGUCGGAUGAGCACCGAGACACAGAUGACUCAUCUGAGAAAACAUCCAGCAGGAUGUCUAGAUCCCCACAGAAAUCCUCCAAAAAACCAAAGACAGUGCCUGUGAAAGUCACACUGUUGGAUGGAUCUGAAUAUGAAACUGGAGUGGAGAAAUCAUGUAAAGGUCAAUUCUUGCUGGAUAUGGUGUGUGAGCAUCUGAACCUGCUGGAGAAGGACUACUUUGGCCUGAACUUCUGUGAUGCUGACAGUCAAAAGAACUGGCUGGACCCAUCAAAAGAGAUCAAAAAACAGAUUCGGGUAGGCUCCUGGCAGUUUUCAUUUGCUGUCAAGUUCUAUCCUCCUGACCCCUCACAGCUGAUAGAAGACAUCACUCGGUAUUACCUGUGUCUACAGUUAAGAGAGGACAUGCUGUCAGGGCGCUUGCCAUGUUCAUUUGUCACACACGCUUUGCUUGGGUCAUAUGCGGUUCAGGCGGAACUGGGAGAUUAUGACCCAGAUGAUCAUGGGCUUGACUACAUCAGCAACUUCCACUUUGCUCCUAACCAGACACGUGAGCUGGAAGAGAGGGUUAUGGAACUCCACCGCACCUACAGGGGCAUGAGUCCUGCGGAAGCUGAGAUGAACUUCCUGGAGAAUGCUAAAAAGCUCUCAAUGUACGGAGUUGAUCUUCAUCAUGCUAAGGACUCUGAGGGCAUUGACAUAAUGUUAGGAGUGUGUUCAAGUGGUCUGCUAAUCUACAGAGACCGUUUGCGCAUUAACCGUUUUGCCUGGCCCAAGAUUCUCAAAAUCUCUUAUAAGAGAAGCAAUUUUUACAUCAAAAUCCGCCCUGGAGAGGUAGAGAAAAAGUAUGAACAGUUUGAGAGCACCAUUGGCUUUAAGCUGCCCAACCAUCGAGCUUCCAAACGCUUGUGGAAGGUCUGCAUUGAACACCACACCUUUUUCAGGUUGGUCUCACCUGAACCCCCACCCAAAGGUUUUUUGGUGAUUGGCUCAAAGUUCCGGUAUAGUGGGCGGACCCAGGCCCAGACACGCCAGGCAAGUGCAUUAAUUGACAGGCCAGCCCCUCAGUUUGAACGAUCGGCUAGUCGGAGGUACUUACUGUCACGCAGUCUUGAAGGAGCAUCUGCUCUGGGUGAUACGAUGGACAGACUCUCCCAACACACCUCCAGUGACCCUGCAUAUAGCCUUUCCAGAGACGAUCUGGACCGGGACUUCAUGGAGCCUAGUCAGGAGCUGGAAGUGGACCAGCAGCAUAAGCAGACUGUAGAUAAGAGAUCAGAGAGAGAUGCUACUCCAUCAAAGGCCAUGGGGGAGGAGCCAGGCUCUCCUCUAGACUCUAAAGCUGAGUCGGACCAGGAUUUGGCCCCUCGCCCUAAACAGGAGCAGUUCCUGGAUAAACCUGAAGAUGUACUGCAAAAACAUCAGGCAAGUAUCAACGAAUUGAAGAGAGCGCUGAGGGAGCCCAACAGCAAGCUUGUCCACAGAGAGAAACGUCUGUCUGUGACAUCUUCUGGCAGCACUCCAGAGAAAAAAACUGCAUCUGAGGAACCCGUAUUUAUUGAGGAGCAAGAUGCUUGUCAAACAGACCUGACCAUCAGUUCAAAAGUGGAAAAGCACAAGAAGACUGAUAGAAUAGAGUCACCAAUCCUUCAGCAUGAAGGAGAUCAAGCUAUUAGUGGAAAAAUCUGUAUGACUCAUGGUGGCCCAAUGGGAAGCCAUUCCAGAAAAUCAAAUAAGAACUCCAUGCCAUCCCCAGAGAAGCCUCAAAGAACCAAGAUUUAUGCAUUAAAGAAUGAACAUAUCCAUGAAACCCAUUCUACGGGCAAGAACAUUAAUCGCAAUGGACUUCCACAUGAGAAUUAUUUGGAGAACAAUAUUCAUGGGAAUGGUUAUGAUGAAUAUCCAACAGAAAGUACUUGGACUGAAAGGAGAUAUGUUGGCGCAACUCAUGUAGAAGAUAGUGUAAACCUAGAUUUUUGGAAAUAUGAGAAAAAACAGGGUGAGGUUUCCCCUAAUGCAGUAAUAGACAAACAUAUGAGAGAUCAAUAUAAUGGAAGCAGAUGGGAUAAACCAACUUUGGAAAGUACAGGCAACAAAAUUAAAGCCAGUAGUAAAACCAAAACAACUGAAAACAAGGUAGAUCUAAGGGGCGAUUCAGUUAAGAGUAACACUGCUGAACCAGAGCCAAAACGAGUUGUUCCCUUGAAACCUGAGAGGUCAAAAAAACUUAAAGGACAUGGAUCCAAAGAUCAAAGUGAAAGAGAUGCAAUUUUUUCCAAUUUAUUUGAGGAGACAAAAGGAACAAAAUCAGAAGAAUCAUGUGGAAUUGAAAAACUACCAACUUUUUUCACACAGACAAAUAUGACUUCAGUCAUGGAUAGCACUGCAGAAGCUCCUAAACGAGACUACACAGCUAAUGGCUAUGUUAGGGAAACCAGCAAACGCAGCCAUCUGUCACAAACAUGCAGGAAACAAUUUCAGAAUACAGAAGACAAUACAGAUCAGAGACUUAGUGAAGAUGAUGACCAGGUCUGCUUUGAAGAUACUUCCCCACUGUCUGAUUUCCCAUCAAACUUAAUAUUUUCUGGCUUUGAGCAAAUGACUCCUUUGUAUUCUUAUGUAAAGCCCCAGAAGUCUAGAGAGAUGCGACAAAAACAGACUUCUCCUACUGACUCCAGCUUCAGCCUUCUCAAGAGCUCCAGCUUAGAAUCAGCCCAAAAGAAACCAUCGGAACCCCUUCCCACCCCAGCAAUUCAUGCGGAACCUCAGGAGGAAGUCCAGAGAGAGCUAUGGGAACGGCGUCUUGGAUCAGUGUCCGAGGAUGACCCAGACCAAGAGAAUCUAUAUUUCAAGGAGACCCAUCUGGGCAUUGAACGUAAAUGCUCUAGCAUCACUGUUAGCUCCACGUCCAGUUUAGAGGCUGAGGUUGACUUCACUGUCCUCAUGGACCUUCAAACAGGGAUGGAAGAGUUCUCUAGAGGAAUGACAGAGUUAGGAGAGAAGGACAUCUCGCCUGAACUUUCAGACCGGGCAGCACAUCCAGCUUUUAUGCUAGGGUCUGAGCCGAUCAUCAUUCCACAAGAGAAACCCACAGAACUAUUAAGGUCGGUUGAAGAACUGAAACCCAUCGUCGAUCAGAAGAUUGUGGAGCAGCGUAAGCCUGAGCCUUUUGUGCCAAAAAAAGCUCCAAGGUCAGUGAAGGCUGCUCAGGCUUUAAAAAAGGAAUCUGCAGAGCACAUUCAUAUCCAGUCAGUAAGGCAAGAUGGUUCAGACACAGCAUCUGUACAGCUUCACAGCAGAGAGAGCAGUGACCUCAUUGCCUCUCAAGCUCUAAGAAAAACAGAAGUCAAGAUUGAGACACAGCCAAAUGGGUCAGAGGUUACCACAACCAUUAUGGAGAUAGCAGACCAGGAUCAUGGUAUAAGUGGUCUGCGGGAAGCCCCAUUCUCAGUGACAGAGAGGAUCUCUCCUGUAAGCUUCGGAUCUUUAGCCAGAGAGGGUUCUGGGUCUCCUUUAUUUGUAACAGAGAAUGUGACAUCAGCCACAACAAAUGUUACCAAAACAGUAAAAGGAGGAUACUCAGAGACAAGAAUCGAGAAGAGGAUUAUCAUUACUGGAGAUGAUGAUGUUGACCAAGAUCAAGCACUUGCCAUGGCAAUAAAAGAAGCCAAGCAGCAGCAUCCUGACAUGUUGGUAACUAAGGCCAUAGUUGUCAGGGAAACAGAAUCUUCCAAACAAGAUGCACAUGAGCAAUUCAAGUCCUGAUCUCUUAGGCUGUCAGGACUAUCCAUAGGAGAAGUACUGUAUUUUAAACCACCUACUGGUUGUGGAUCAUGGACACUCACUACCCAUCAAUCCUAACCUACAGGAUCCAGCGCCUUCCUGGUGGCAAACAGAUAUACAUCCAUUCUGUCCCAAUUCAAAUCUCACAUCUGUGUAUCCAUCUGUCUUUACAUUUAAUGUGGUCAUUUUCUCUGUCUGGUUCUCAAAUACAAUGUGGCAAAAGUGGCAUUGUGUAUGCCAUGCUGGACCAUUCAAGCAUUUGAAACUAACUUUUUCUUUGGAUAUAGUGGAUAAGGUAAACGGGAAGGUAACAAAUGAGCUUAUUUUGCAAACAUCAGACUAGAGGAAAACUAACUUGUCUCAUAACACAAAACACGUUUCUGUUACUUGACUAGCUAAAGCUACAAUGCUGUUAAAUUCGAGCUCUCAGACCAUUUAUGUGUACAUGGAGGGAUGGCCACAUGAAAGAAUCUAAAAGAUGGGCACCAUCGGACCAAAUACAGCGGAUCAGCGCACUCAUCAGAUAGGCACAUAUGGUGUUGACAGGGCAUGGACAGAUUGCUGGACACAAGGACAAACAUUUGUGCCAAUUAUUAAAGGAAGACACGUCUGAGACGCAGUGGCUUUCUGAGGGGAAAAAAAGAGAGGACCAGAAAUCUCUGAAACAUUUGACAGCUAUGAAACAGGAUAACAAAUACUCAACACAAAGUGAAGAUAACCAAUGUCAUUGUUGUGAAGAUAAGUACUCUGUAAACAUCUCUACAUGGCCUUGUUCUUUGGAAAUAUGAUGUUGUACUUAAUCAGAUUACAAAAUGAUAAAUUCAUUUAUAUGAGGUGCUAAGGUGAAAACCGAUUCCCUGUUACUCCCUUACAAGCUAAAAAGUAAUACAUAUUUCACAAGAAAUUCCCUUAAUAUACAUUAGUAAGAAAAAUCUGACACUUCUUUCCAAUUGGGAUUUAAUCAAUUUAGCAAUGAUUUAAUAUGAACAUGUUUAUAUGAAUUGAUUUGCACAAGAAUUAAAAAGCCAAUGAUAUUUUCUUUUAUAUAGGUAUUUUAAACAAAGAAAAAUUGUCAAGCCCCAGAUAUAUAUAUACUGAUCCUAGUAAAGCAGAAUAAAGUGUGUUGAAUAAUUGUGUCAUGUGCAUGUCAAACUGCCCGAUUAUUAAAUCCGCUAGUUUUUAGGGGAAAAAAUAAAAGAAGAUACAGAUGCUAUUAUUUUGCUUUACAAAUACCUCCACUCUCAUUUUUUUUCUUUCUUUGUCUUUUUUUGCUCAUGCUAAUCCAACAUGUCCCAUAAAGAGAUGUCUUUACAGUUUCACAGUGUUUCAAUAUAAUGAUUGCUUACUCUGUGGUAGAUGUCAUGAACGUUUUAUUUCUAUUUGCAGUGGACUGUAUGUGCAGUGAUUCUCCUUAAAAAUUCUUCCCUCUGUAACAAUAGUGCUGGAACAGCCUAAAGACUGAAUGAAGAUUUAUCUGUUGUAGUGUUUUAUAAGUGAAUGGGCCUUAAAUGGUACUUGCGUUACUGUGCUUUAAAAUGAUACUUGGGGAUACUGUGUAAGGAUGAAGAAAUCUCCUGCUCAGAUUUUCAUUAGAAAGCUGAAAGUGACUUGUAGAGGUUUGUGUUAUGGACCUUUAACAAAGAAACGUACCAUGUGAAUGUUUCAUAUAGGCACACCUUUCUCAACUUGAAAAUGUCAUGAGUAGAAUUAGAGCAUUAAAGCAUUAAAGCAGUACAUUUACAGACUUAAAGUGGAGUGGUUUUCCAGACAAGGCUGAAAAUAAAAUUCACAAUUGUAGAGGAAUAAAAAAAUGGAUUUCAUCCUAUUUACUUUCCUAGCUUUAGAUCCUUGAUUAAUUAAGAUGUUACCCUUCACUAAUUAACACUUAAAUUCAAAGUUAGAAAACUGUAAUUACAACUUAUAGAAAUCAUCAAAAAUCAACUUAUUUUUAAACAUAUUUCUAAUUUCUGCUUUUAUCAGGCCACAUACUGUAGUUUGUAUCUAAGGUUCAUUUGUAAUAUAGUGAACAUUAAUAGAGCUAUAGCUAAUCAAAAUAAACUUAUACUUGAAAUUGAAUUUUUAGCCCAUUGUCUUUAAUUUUAGUUUUACAAUAGCAUUAGUAUUUGGGUAUUGUAGCCUACACUUAACUGUAGUUAAUAGAGAAAACAUUCAGCAAUCUGGAUACAUUGUGCCAUUUAGCCCAAAAUGUCAUGGCUGGAAAACAGCCCCUGAUUUUCUUUACAAGAGUACUUAAGUGCCAUGGAAAGCUGCUAACUUCAUUCCAAACCAUUCAUCCACUUCUUAACCCAGAGCUUAUGAAUGAUUUAGCAGUGUGCUAAUGCUAUCUUAACUAUCAUGCUUGUUAGUUUACAGUAGCUUUCACUCAUUUCUUGUACUGAUGAAGGAUUAAAGAAAACAAAGUGAAUUGUUUGGUAAGGAGUUGUUGACAUAUUGGGCAGAUGUUGCUUCCAUUGCAGUUCAGGGUUCAUAACCUCACUCUACCUUUUGUAAUAAUUUCAUGUGCCAUGGAGGUCUUGUGCUCAAGGACAGAUAACCUCAGUAAUGAACACAGCUCUGCAUUUCUGCAUAUGAUCUUCUACUCUUUUUGCAUUUACACUUUCACUUGUACUCUGUAAUUCCUACUGCUUGGUUUCCUGUGUUUGCUGUACAGUGGUCUACAUGAAAUAAAUUGGCCAAUUAUUGCCAUGUGGUGUCAUA